AACCACAAGUUACCCUCCCCGCCCAAGUCUCUCUCUCUCUCUCUCUCUCUCUUCCUCCUCUCUUUCUCUCUCUACAUGUGUACCUUUGUUCUUGGCUAGUUUGUGGGAACUGUUUCUGGGCCUUCAAAGUCUUUGCACUUCAUUUCAUGGGUCUUUGUUAAUUCUUCACAUACUUCCAGUGGGCUAAAGUUAACAGGUCGGCUAUUUUGCAAGCACAGACAUAUUUCUCCAAUACCAAAAAGUUUGUUCACAAUUGACGAAGCUUCUUGUUUGCUCUCAUCAUGAAUCCUGAUUCGUGCGUUCCCCUUAAAGAUAACAGGGAAAGGCAGAAUCCUUUCCUUGAGGUUACUAAUGAAGAAAAACAGUUGUGGGCAUUCAUCCAUUCCAAAGGCCUAUUGCAAACAGAAGUUCAAGACUUGUAUCUCAAAGUUCGUUCUGGUUACGAGAAAAUCAUUCUGAACAAUGAUGAAGGGGUGGAACUUCAAGACAUUGAAUUUUCCUUAUGGAAGCUUCACUAUAAGCAUAUUGAUGAAUUUCGUAAAAGAAUUAGGCAAACUUCUGCAAAUUCUGAGAGUACGAAUUCAUCAACUCUACUAAAUGUUGCCAAUCUGCAGAGCAGCAUAGAUUGCCAUAUCGAGCGAUUCAAGGUAUUUCUGUCAGAAGCAACUGAAUUUUACCAAGAUUUGAUCACAAAACUCAGAAGACAUUAUGAGCUACCUGAAGAUCCUUUGUUUUAUGAAAACCAUGACAUCUCACGUGUUGUUGACCCUGCAAAAUUGCGAAAGUGUCAAUUUUCAUGCCAUCGCUUUUUAGUUUGUCUUGGCGAUCUAGCUAGAUACAGGGAACUGUGUAAGAAGCUUGAUUUUCCAAGACAUGACUGGUCAGUUGCAGCAACCUACUACUUUAAAGCAACAUUAGUUUGGCCAGAUAGUGGGAACCCCCAAAAUCAGUUGGCACUGCUGGCAACAUAUGUUAGGGAUGAUUACAUUGCCCUAUACCAUUGCAUAAGGAGUUUAGCCAUUAAAGAACCUUUUCCUGAUGCCUGGAAUAACCUUAUUUUGCUCUUUGAAAAGAACAGGUCAUCUCAUUUACAUUCACUUUCUAAGGAGGCCCACUUCAAUUUCUUAAAUCCAUUUGAAAGAAGUACCUCACUGAAUGAAUCACAAUCGCGCUUUCAUUCCUUCAACAAUGAUACACUGCAAGGCACUAAACACAGUUUCUCGGCAAACAGUGAUCUAUGGCCUCUUUUUGUCAGAAUGAUAAGUUUCUUUUUCAUUGAAUCCAGCCUGGAUGAAUUUCCUUGCACUUUCGCAUCGACCAUGAGAGAGAUGGACUCUCUGUUGGCACUAGAUGAUACCGAACUAAAAGCUACAUUGGAGUCUUACCAACAUAUGGAUUCAUCCCGAACAGGCCCUUAUCGAGCCCUUCAAAUGGUCUCUCUACUCAUAUUCAUCGUCGAUAGCCUAACUGAAAGAUCAGAGCACAAGGAGUCAAUGGAGAAAAACAACCCUAUGUUGAUACAAUCGGCGUUGACUGCUACAUUCAUUUGCAUGGCUCGCCUUGUUGAGAGAUGUAUGACGGGUAAUUAUCCUCUGGAACUCACCCCCCUUCUGCCUCCCGUGCUUGUGUUUGUAGAGUGGUUGGUUGGCGUGCUCGAUAAAGUAGAAACAUAUCAUGCUUGUGAAAAAGUAAGAGCCGCUGUAUCUUAUUUUUUUGAUGCUUUUGUCGACCUUCUAAACCAACUUGAUAAGAAUGAGAGCAGAUUUAAAUAUGAAGACCAUACAGCUCUUUGGGAAGAUCAUGAAUUGAGGGGCUUCGCACUGGUAGCCCGUGCACAUGAGUCGUUGGAUUUCACGAUUCAUUCAACAAAUAUGGGGAAUUUUGAAAGCAGAAAUGUGUGUCGUGCUCACCGCAUCUUUCAUGCUGCAACAAAAAUUGUGGACAGAUCAGAUGGUUCUCCAAAGUGGAUCUUCUUUGACAAUUUGGGGAGAAAAUUCUACGGAAUAGAAUCAAAAAAAAUUCCAGACCAGACAGAUGCAGAAGUAGCCGAGCUCAAUUCAGAUUCAAAAGUAAAAGAUCUCUAUUGGCAUAGACAAGCAGGAGUAGCCGAGUCUAGCUCAGAUGUUGAAGUGAAAGAUCCCCAACAGAGUAAAUGUGGACACACCAAAGAGAACGGGAGAGAUAUCAUUGGAGAAAAAGAAAGUCGCCGGUUUGAAAAUGGCAAAUCUGUUGCUGUAGAAGAGGAAGAAGUCAUUCUCUUUAAGCCCAUCAUGAGAUUUAACUCGGUCCCCAUCCAUACUUCUACCAUGGAUGAUGAAAUGUCUAUGGAAGGUAAAAAGGACCAAACACCACCCUCCAAUGAAUGCUUUCGCCGUGCUGCAUCACUGUUCAUGGCGCAAAACCAGAUCGAUCCUUUGAGUAUCUCUUCUGAUGCUGGUAGUUUCAGAAGCAACAUGCCAUUCAAGCACCGAGAGCCUCUAUUGAAGGAAACUGCUACAUAUCCUGCUGGGCCGCCUUCACUCAGUGCUUGGGUCCUAGAUAGAGAAAUUUCACAAUUUGAAAAAGAGGAAGGAGCAGGGGACUUUUUUGAACCCGGGUUAAGCCCAAUUGACGAAAUAGCCCCUGAUUCCUUGACCGGCCUCUCUAUCAACGAAACCAAAGAUUCUUUAGUUGAUUCUCCGCAAUUUCCCUCUCCUCCUCCCUAUUCUGCUCCCGUGCCAUCUGCACCAUUUCUUCCUGAUGAUGCCAUUUGGUUUAGUGGCGAUUCCAUUAAAGAGACAGAUGGUAUUCUUGGUGCAUCACCACUUAGCAGCUAUGCGAAUUGGUCGGCUAAUCAUGGACCGUUCAGUUUUGGCCCGAGUAUUCCAAAUUUGAGUAAUACGGGAUACCAACCGGUUGUUGGAUUGAGUUCCUCAGAAUGGCUUCACCAAUACACGAAUCAACAAAAUCUUGAUCGAGCCAAUAGUCAAGCGUGGCCGGUUCACUUCUAUGCACCAGGAACCCUUGGAAAUAUGUAUGGUGCUCCUCACGACAACGUGUCAAGGUUUGAUCUUUGUGAUCGGUGGGGAAACCCCUUGAGUCCUCCUCACCAGUUAGUGUAUUUGGAGGGCCCGCAACUGCACACGGGUGAUCAAAGAAGAGAGAAGCUGUUUCAUAGGCCGAGCCCUUACGGGUGUGGUGGUGCCUUGACAGAGUUUAGAGCUGAGCAGCCACCACUUCUUCAGUACCUCAAAGAGAAAGAAUGGCAGUCGCAGAGACAGUCCCAAGUGAGAGGUCCUACAUAUAUGGGGAAUUAACACUGCAUUUUGACAUGUUUGUUCAUGAUAUAGAGCAUUUAACAUGAUGUAAAUGUCAAAAAAAAAAAAAAAAAAAAAAAAA